AUGACUUGUAAGUACAGACUUGACAUGCUACUCUCAGAACAUAUCUGGAGAUGUACAUUUAAAGUCCAUGUGACAGGAGCAUCAUCAGCCUUGGCCAAUUCUGAGCAAAAUGUCAUCCGAGGGAGGGUGAAGGAUCAGUCAAAAUCUGCCACAUUCAAUCAGUUGUGGACAGCAGAAGAGCAGAAACGUUUGGAGGAACUUCUCAUUGAGUGCCCACCUGAGCCAGUGGAAAGACAUCGCUGGGUGAAGAUAGCAAACGCCUUGGGGAACAGGACUCCUAUACAGGUUGCUAGCAGGGUUCAGAAGUACUUCAUCAAGCUGGCCAAGGCAGGACUUCCAAUUCCUGGUAGAAUGCCCAAUGUGGCACACUAUAGGACCAAGAGUCAGAGACCCCACCAGAGGAUGUACAACAGGUUCUACCAGGCCCCCUCCACCUUCAUGACCUCCUACCAGCCCCCAGUGUACAUGUCAGAUGAUGAUGGCGACUCCGCCUCCAUGUUUGGCGGCAGCAGUGAAGACAUGGAGGACCCCAGAAUGAUGAACCAGUUUGGGGAUGAAGAGGAAGAGAUUUCAGAUGAAGAGGCAGUUCCAGUUCAUCUACGAGAUUCUGAGGAAUACCAGGAACUGCUGAGACUGAAGAAGCUAAAGAGAGUGAAGAUGAAUUUAGAUCAUGACAAGCUUGGCCAAAGACAGCAUGCUGGUUACAAGUGUGACCGCUGUGGCUGUGAACCUAUAGUGGGAGUUAGGUUCCAUUGUAUUGACUGCCCUGAAGACACAGCUGUUGACUUCUGUGAAGGAUGUGUGGACAGCUCCUUUGAGACUGGUCAGCACAGUUCCAGCCACAGACUGGACCCUGUCCGUCUGCCAUACACCACCCCUUUCAUCGACAGGGACUACACCAAGUUCACUAAGGAAGGAUACAAUUACUUGGACCCUAACUUCAUGCCAGCUACAUGACUGGAAUUCAUUUUUGUAUUGGAAUACUAAACCACUCAGGAAAGACUAUAGAGUUGUACUAUUCAUGUGUAUGGAAGGGUGAAAUGACUGGAAACAGACAUCAGGAGGGGCAAACAUAUUCAUCAGCUUUCAUUAUUUGUACAAAGUCAAGAGAAACAUUGAUGAAGCGAGUCAUUAUUUAAUUGAUGGAGGCCUUCUUUCAGGUUGUCUGUAAGCUAACAUGCAUUGAUUUAAGCUUCAAAAUUGCUUGUUUUAAAUAAGCAGUAAACUAGUUUCGAAAUGGCUGUAACUGUACUUAAGACGUGUCAGUAUUGUGUUGAAUCAUGUUAAGAUUUAUUGUAGGAAUUAGAUGAUUUUUUUAUCAAGAAGUCUACCUGCGCACUUUUAUAAACUUUUGCUAAAAAUUGUAUCAUGACUAAAAUGUUCAAACCUCACAUGAAUUUCAAUAAAGUCACCUCAGGAACUUUCUUCUUGUUUUCACAUAUUUAACACAUAGUCGAUUUAUGCUCCAAAUAAAACAAAACUUUU